AACUCGGCGCUGGACGCCCCCGCACAAAAUGCUCUUCCUCGAUGAUUUUUUAGAAAUGCUCGAUGAGCUGCCUGCCGAGCUGAAGGAGAGAAGCGAUGAAAUUCGGCGAAUCGACAAUGAAGUUGAAUCCCGUCUAAACCGUAAUCGAGAGGCGAUCAACGAUUUUUUCGAGAGAACCGGCGUAAAUAUGCCCGAGGAGCAGAGAAAGGAGCGCUGCAAGGUUUUGCAGGAGGAAUUCUCCACAAUCCGCGUGCUAGCUCAACGCAAAUAUCUAAUCGCCGAAAAAAUGCAAGAACUCCUCAAAAAGUACAAAGUUCACUUGGAAAAGGAGAAAACCACGUUCCAGUGUGAAAUGGAGGCCGACAAUUCAGGAGUGACCGAAAUGAUCGAAAAACGAUAUACCCAACACGUCGAAUCUCUGCUCACAGCGAGAAAAGAACGAAAACGUCGUCAUCGCGUGGGCGGUGGUGGUGGUGGUGGAGGAUCGUCGUCGAGAGCAUCGACAGUCGCUUCGGGACCACUUUUAUCGAAAGAAUCAAAGGACAAAAUUCAGCGGAUCCUUCAGGAAGGUGUUCGUCUUCGAAUGGAUCUUUCCGAUGAGUCGGCACAAUCGGCACUAUCAUCGGCUAUACCAUCACCAGCGCCACGUGGGCGCCCGCCAAAGAUCGCAAAGGAUCAGCUGUUGCUGUCGUCGGCGGCGAUGGUGGUGGCCAGUGAUGAUUGUCUGACGCCAGUGCCACCAACACCGACGGCUAGGCGCCGCUCAAACACAAAUGCUCUCCGCGGCACAGUCUCCAUUCCAAGUGCUCUUUCAUCAAUGAUGAAUCGUGGUGAAUCGACAUCCCGCUUCUCACCGAAUCCCUCCGAACGUAGUUGGUCAAACGCCGGAAUCGACGAAUCAUCACCGACGCCGACGACAAGCCUACUGAUGACACCGACGUUCUCCUCAGGACCGCAUAUCGUCGUUUCGCCGACGACUCCAGUUCUCCAGAAUUCGGCGUUUGUGGUGUCUGAGAGCCGUCAUGGUAGAACUCGGAAGCUGACCAGUAGAGUUCAGGAGAUGUUUAAGGAGACUCUACAGCGGCAGCGGAAUCAUGGAAAUUCAAUUAUAGCACUACAGGAGAGAAUGAGUGCGGCGAAUCUGGCGGCGGCGGCUCAGCACGCUCACGCUCCGACGAGCUCUUCACCACAAUCACCACUUCCGGAGAUUGAAGGAGCCGCCGAGGAUGAUGAUGAGGAAGGACCGAGUUAUCGGAUUAAGCGGAGCCAUCCGAUGAUGGCUCCGGGAUCGGAGGAUGAGGAGGAUGAGAUGCAUUGGUGUUUUUGUAAUGAGAAGAGCUAUGGAGAUAUGGUUCAGUGUGAUAAUCGUCAUUGCACCCUCCGCUGGUUCCAUUACCCGUGCAUUGGAAUGGUCGAGCCUCCGACUGGAAAAUGGUACUGUCCGCGGUGUGAAGUUACGAUGGGAAUUGCUCUCAAGCUGUCCGAAGAGGGAGAAGUCUAAUAUAAAUAUUAUGACUCCCCAUCAACGAUAAUUUAAUAAUAAUAAUAAUAAUGAUUGGCCUGAAAUUUUCCCAAUUUUUUUAAAACAUUUUUAUCUGAAAUUUUCCCCAAAGACUCUGAUGCUCUCUCACAUUUUUUUUAAAAAUAUUUUUAAAUACCCCAAAAAAACAAUUGUAAAAAUUCCAAUUAAUUUUAUUUUGCACACUAUUUUAUAUAUUCCCCCCCAUGUUAUGAUGUCCCAUGAUUCUCAAAUUUCUCCUGCAUUAUUCUCUUGUACAAUAUACCCUAAAAAGUUUUAAUAAGGAUGAACUCGAUAAUUUUU